AUGUAUUCUCGAACCGUCCUCGGAGGCCUGUUGCUGUUGGCCAGCACAGGCGUCACAGCAUCGUCCAUGUUCACCAAGCGUGACUCUUGGGGUCCCGCCUUCAGUUUGGGCCCGGCCAAGCAGGAGAUUAUCAGCACGAAGACGACCGUCUACCCCGGACAGAUGCCUGCCGACCAGGCCGGAUACCUCUUCGUGUGGCUGGGUAUCUCUAACGGAACCGGUGAUCUGAUCCAGAGCAUCAUUGGCUCGUACCCUAAGGGACAGAGUGAAUGCAGCGGCUCGGCGGCUGAUACUGCUUGGUGCAUUUCUUCCGAAGUCUAUGGGCUCGCUGAUAACGGAUAUCCCAACCAGUGGGUUGGCAGCCUGACGACUGCCGAUGUCAACUACGAGAACGGAAUCGUCCUCAACUACACGCUCAUCGACAAGUCGAGCUACCUUUGGCUCCAAACCAUGACUGACGCCGUCACCGGUGAACUCCUCUCCACCUUCAACAAGACCUCCGGUCCCAUGCUCGGCUGGGGCACUGCCAUUGAAUGCAACGACAGUGACGACGGUGUCGCCUGCACCGGCACUGUCGCCGAGCAGACCUGGCUCAACUCAACCAUCAUCCUCGAAUCUGCCGACUCCACCUUCGUAGAAACACUCGGCGCCUCGGAAGGAACCACCCACACCGACAUGGUGUCUUCCGACAACGGCAAGACUUGGACCAUCGCCAAGAUCACCAUUCCCGCCAUGGACAGCUCUACUGCGACUGAAGCUACUUCCAAUGAGACUGUUGACACUGCUGCCACCACGACUUCUUCCGGUGGUAACGGCCGUGGCGGCAGGGGACGGUGGUCCGGCCGCAUUUAG